AUGAUCUCAUUGUUGACUACUGUUCUUAUUGUACUUUUAGUUUCAGCGAUCUGGAUGGGUGGUCUCUGGGAUGGAACUCUUGGUGCAGGCUGCAGUGCAGAUGAAAGGGAAGCCCUUUUGAAAUUCAAGGCUGAUCUUGAAGACCCUCGUAACUGGCUAUCAUCCUGGCUAUCAUCUUGGGUUGGCCAAGGGGAUUGUUGUACAUGGUCUCGCGUCGUCUGUGACAAUCACACUGGCCAUGUUACCCAACUCCAUCUAGGGUUGCCGCGACCUUCUUACUGGCAUAAUUCUGUGCUUAGUGGUAAGCUCAACCCUUCCUUGCUUGAAUUGAAGUAUCUGGGUUAUUUGGAUCUGUCCUACAACGACUUUCAUGGUAUUCCAAUUCCAAGCUUUCUUGGUUUGAUGACUAGUUUAAAUACCCUUUACCUUGAUGGAGCUGGGUUUGGAGGACUGAUUCCUCAUCAGUUGGGGAACCUCUCGAAGCUGCAGCAACUUGGUAUCGAGGCUGCUGCCGACUAUGUGCUGUAUGCUGAUAGUUUGUCGUGGCUUUCUGGUCUCUCUUCACUAGAAUUCCUUGAUUUUAGUAAAGUUGAUCUUAGUAAUGCUUCUGACUGGCUGGACAUGAUAAUCACACUGCCAUCCCUUUCAGAAUUGUAUCUAUCACACUGUCAAAUUCCUCAUAUCCCGCCCCUCGCCAAUGUUAAUAUGUCUUCUUCGUUGUCUGCUCUAAGUUUGUAUCACAAUCAAUUUGGUCAGACUUUUGUUCCAAGUUGGGUUUUUCAUCUUAAGAACCUUACUUACUUGAAUCUAGCUUACAACACAUUCGCUGGCCCGAUUCCUGCACAACUUCAAAACCUUACAUCACUAAGGACCCUUGACUUGUCUUUCAAUUAUUUCAAUCAUUCGGUGCCAAACUGGCUUUACGGUUUACAUCAUCUGGAGAAGCUCGAUCUAUACAGUAAUAAAUUGGAUGGCAGAGUCUCAACUGAGAUUGGAAACUUGUCUUCUCUUAUUUACCUUGAUAUGUCAGUCAAUUAUGGCCUUGAAUUUGAAAGGGGGAUUCCUGAUUCAUUCAAAAGCUUCUGCCAGUUGAGGUCACUUUCUCUGCGUUAUGUAAAACUAAAUCAAAAUGUCUCUGAGUUACUUGAAAUCCUUGGAGUAUGUGCUUCUGGUACUUUGCAGGAGUUGUCUCUGUCUAGUUGCCAACUGCAUGGUCAGUUGACUGAUCGAAUCGGCAUGUUCAAGAAUCUUAACCUUCUCAAGCUCCAGAACAAUUCUAUUUCUGGUCCACUUCCGAUUUCAUUUGGAGAAAUGAAAUCUUUAUACCAUGUAGACCUUUCAAGAAACAAGAUAAAUGGAAGGUUUCCAACUAGUUUUGGGGCGUUGGCAGGUUUGAGUUAUGUGGAUAUCUCUCAGAAUGCAAUGCAUGGUGUUGUUCUCCCUGAAAUUCACUUUGCCAACCUCACAAAGUUGGCUUACUUUUUUGCGUCGGGAAAUCAUAUGGUGUUCAAAGCUAAACCAGAUUGGGUUCCUUCCAGGCUGAUUCAAAUGCUGAACUUGGAGUCCUGGUAUGUUGGACCUGGAUUUCCUCAUUGGCUCAACGGUCUGCAAUAUCUGAGUUCUCUUGAUCUGUCUAACACUGGAAUUUCAGAACCAAUUCCUGACUGGUUCUGGAGCAUGUCGUCUCGAUUCUAUUAUCUGAAUUUCUCCUCCAAUUGCUUGGAAGGUCCACUGCCCACUGUUUCGUCCAAUCUUACUUUCUUGGACCUAUCCAACAAUUUGUUGUCCGGAAACUUGGUCAAGUUCUUGUGUUUCAAUCCUGCUGAGACAAGGACUACUCAGUAUCUGAAUCUUCAAGGUAAUCUCUUUUCAGGUGAGAUACCUGACUGCUGGAAAAAUUGGCAGAGUUUGGAGGCUCUUAAACUUAGUAGCAACAAGUUUACAGGAAGAAUUCCAAACUCCAUCGGAACUUUAACCUCACUUUUGUCUUUACACAUACAGAACAAUAGUCUGACUGGUGACAUUCCCUUGUCUCUUGGUAACUGCUCUAAGUUGCUCGCUGUUGACUUGGGCUAUAAUGAAUUGGUAGGAGAGAUUCCAAGGUGGGUGGGGAAGUGGCUUUCCAAAUUGUCUAUUCUUAAUUUGCGUGCAAAUAAGUUUCAUGGCAGCAUGCCGGUGGAGCUUUGCCAUCUGCAGUUUGUACAAAUCUUGGACCUUUCUCACAACUCACUUUCAGGGAGCCUGCCAGCAUGUUUGGGUAAUUUUAGUGCCAUGGCUACCUCAGAUAAUAGUGAUGAUAUUGCUGUAAUUUAUAUUUUUAUUGGAGGAGGUGAAGUGUACAGGGAAAAUCAAAUUUUAUCGACUAAAGGGAGGUUUGUGGAUUACAGUACCAUACUGAAUUAUGUAAGAAGUGUAGACCUUUCUUGCAACAACUUUUCUGGAGUAAUACCAGGGGAGAUCACAGACCUGAAGGGACUUCACUACCUGAACUUGUCACAUAAUUUAUUCUCAGGUAGAAUGCCAGAGGCGUUACAUAAAAUGGAAUCACUGGAAUCUUUGGACUUAUCUGUGAACCAGCUAUCCGGAGUAGUCCCUCCUGGACUGGCAAGUCUGACUUUCCUGUGUUACUUGAACUUGUCCUACAACAACUUGAGUGGUAAAAUUCCUUCAAGCACUCAACUGCAGAGCUUUGAUUCUUGGAGCUUCAUAGGGAACCGAUACCUCUGUGGCCCUCCAUUGAACAAUGGUUGUAGUGUGCGCAAAGCUGUGCCUGGUUCUGGAAAUGGAGAUGAAGACGAUGAAUUUCUAUGGUUCUCCGUCAUCACGUCACUUGGCUUUGUGGCUGGUUUUGCUGUUACUGUCUGGUCUUUUUUCUUUGGAUUAUCAAACAACGUACUCUGGAUUUCCUAAAUCACCCCGGGCACAGAUUCUGCAACUGUAUUAUGUGAGGAGGGAAAGUUAAAGUUAGGAGAGUCGGAGCUGAACAACUUUCAAUGGGAUGGUGGAGCACUAACCAGAGCUCAACAGCAUCACCCAAGACCAUGUAUGUAUCCUGAAGAUCAACCUUGGAAUGAACUCAGCAUCUUCAUUACCAGAAACAAACCAAACCAGAACCAGUAACCAGGUCUCUCCUUAGAACCAUGAACUUCAGCUGUAUUAAUUAAGGUUGUGCCACAAUUAACACUGCAUAUUUGAAACAACCUUAAUAUCCUUCAUGUACAGCUGCUCUAUUAGCAAAGAGGCGAAAUGCGGAGGAAAAUGAUGUCAAGGCGGCAUUUUUAAUGAACUGGGAGCCACUUUGAUCCCCUAGAGUCUUAUGGCUCAAGGUGGUCUGUUUGUUUGUUUCUUCUGUGUUCAAGCUCGUCUGUAGAAACUGGUAUGUACUACUUGCACUAGCUGUUAUUCCAUAAUAAAGAUAUAUUUAACAAAUAGAAUGAUCUCUCAACUUGUUGUGCGACAAAAAGCUUGAAAAAAACAGAGGAAAAAGGCCGGAGGCCAAAAAAACAAGCAGGGAU